CAACAUAACUUAUUAUCCCACCAACUGCAAAUUGUCAUGGACAUAGUAGCGCUUGCCGUAGUUAGUGUCUUAUUACUAAUAGGUUACUUUAUCAAACGGGCUACACCAGGUUCUGCUCGCAAGCCACCGGCAGCUGCCGGUGGGUGGCCCUUGAUCGGUCAUCUUCACCUCUUGGGUGGCUCCAGUCAAGCUCCUUACGAAGCCCUAGGAGCGUUGGCAGACAAGUACGGCCCAAUAUUCAGCAUCCGAGUUGGAGUGCACCCAGCGGUGGUGGUGAGCUCUUGGGAGUUAGCCAAAGAGUGUUUCACCACUCUCGACACAGCUCUCUCCUCUCGUCCCAAAUUCACCGCUGCAAAACUCUUGACCUACGACUAUGCUGGUUUCGCCUUCGCCCCUUACGGAGAUUUCUGGCGUGAAAUGCACAAGAUAGCGGUUUCAGAGUUACUUUCCGCACGCCGCUUGGAACUGCUCCAAGGUAUCAGAGAUUCGGAGGUGCAGAGCGCGUUGAGAGAGCUGUACAGAGCGUGGGAGGAGAAAAGAGGCGAUUUGAUGGUGGAGAUGAAGCAGUGGUUUGGAGACAUGAUUCUUAACGUGAUUCUGAGGAUGGUUGCUGGAACGCGAUUCUGUGUUGCAAGUGUAGAUGAUGAGGAAAAGGUGAGGCGUGUUCGGAGGGUACUUAGAGAGUUCUUUCGUUUGUUGGGAUUGGUUGUGGUUGGUGACGCCAUUCCCUUUCUUGGGUGGCUUGAUUUGGGAGGUGAGGUGAAGCGGAUGAAGAAAACGGCUAUUGAAAUGGAUGACAUCGUUUCUGAAUGGUUAGAAGAACACAGACAGCGAAGAGAGUCAGGUGAGACCAAAAGAGAGCAAGACUUCAUUGAUGUCUUGUUAUCUGCCCUUGACGGCGUUGACCUUUCUGGUUAUGAUGCUGAUACCGUCAUAAAAGCCACCUGCUCUACGAUAAUAGCUGCAGCAACAGAUACUACAACAGUUAGCAUGACUUGGGCACUAUCGUUAUUGCUGAACAAUCGCCAUGCCCUAAAGAAAUUACAAGAUGAAUUAGAUGAGCACGUGGGAAAGGAAAGGCUAGUAACUGAAUCAGACAUUAACAAAUUAGUAUAUCUUCAAGCUGUGGUUAAAGAGACGCUGAGAUUGUAUCCAGCUGGACCACUCUCAGGUCCACGUGAAUUCACAAACGAUUGUACUUUAGGAGGCUACCAUAUCGAAGCAGGUACCAGAUUUUUUUUCAACAUUUGGAAGUUGCAUAGAGAUCCACGUGUGUGGUCAAACCCAUUAGAGUUUCAACCUGAAAGAUUCCUCACCACCCACAAGGAUUUGGAGGUGAAGGGUCAACAUUUUGAGUUACUUCCCUUUGGUGGUGGAAGAAGGUCCUGCCCUGGCAUGCCGUUUGCCCUUCAAAUGACACACUUCGCAUUAGCCACCUUUUUGCAGGUAUUUGAAGUCACAACCCCAAACAAUACCCAGGUUGAUAUGAGUGCCACAUUUGGACUCACAUGCAUCAAAACCACUCCACUUGAGAUUUUAGCAAAACCUCGUCUACCAUAUCAUCUUCUCUUUACCGAUGAAACUAAGGAAAACCCACCAAGUUAACCUUCACGUGUCUAUCUUUAUUAUUAAACGAUGGUUGUAUUUCUCCCGCCAACUCCAUGAAUUGAUCGCUACAUGUUUAGAAGUGGAUGUUGGUGAACACAGUUUUAUUUGAGUACAA